AGCAGCAGCAGAACUCAAGCCGUUAACGGAGUGGUGGAUCACCGACGUGCGAUCACAAAUAUCACGCUAUCAAAAUACUUAUGAGAGCCCACGUUCAGUUUAACGACAGUUCCGCGACACCAGGAUUAUGACGGAGCCCAUGGAUUCGUAAGGAGAGCGUUGUCGUUGGCUGAAGGUAAGAGCGGAAAGUUCGUUCAGAGUUUCACUGAAAGCUCCGCGCUGAUAUACGCGUCGCUCCGCGAGACGCAGCAGCGCGUGAGAGUGGCGCAUUUGGACGCGAAACAAGCCAAGAGCGAGACGCGUGACGGAGCUACGCAGCUGUGAUUUCUUCACCAGUUUCCCUUCAGUUUAACGUUUCUGACUGACUUUCAUUUUUUAAAAAGGCCCUCGGUUCACAGUAACGCUCGUGCUGUGGUGGUUUAACGUUUAAGCUGAAGCAGGACGCGUUUUUCUGUCUGAAAUCGGAAACUCCAUGAGGAAAAAAACAGACGAGAUUUGAGAGCCGGUUCUGGAGAAUUCCUCCGUGUUUCUGUCACGCCAGGAUGUGUGUGAGAUGCUGUUUGUGUGCUGAGAGCAGUUUUUUAAACCGUGUCUGGGUGUGAACGUCAGCCUGAAGUUUGUGUGUGUAAUGGAGGGUUUUCCUGUUCAUUGAUGCUGCAGCAUUGCCCUGCAGUCAUGUCUGCAUGCAACACCUUCACUGAGCACGUAUGGAAACCAGGGGAGUGCAAGAACUGCUUUAAGCCCAAGAGUCUUCACCGGCUUCCAGAGCAAGCCAAUGAGAGCAAGACGGACGCUAAUGCGAAACUUGCCAACAGCAGCCAGAGGAGCAUCUCCUCGUCACGUGCUGGCCAGGUCCGUCCACCUGUCGCCAAGAAACCAACCAUUGCGGUGAAACCCACCAUGAUGCUGCCUUGUUCCCCACCAGAAGUGGACUCUGAGGGAAAUGUGCCAAGGCUUGCAGAGGGAGGACAGGUCAGUAAGAGCUCACCUUUCACCAUCUGGAACCACAACAGCCUGAAUAGCACAAGACUUGCAGGGACAAACAACAAUCAAGGAGAGGAUUUAGUUGGGCAGACAGAGACAUAUGGUGCCAUCUCCUCGCAGCCAGCUAGCAGCAACAACAACGGAAUGACAGAUGUGCUGAAAGAGAUUGCUGGUCUGGAAUCUUCCCCGAGCUCCAGCAGAGAUGACUUCUUUGGUCGGAUCUGCAGUUUGUAUCGGCGCUCGUUAGAGAGGGGCCUUCCAGCUUCAAGUUGCUUCCAUGCUGGGAGUGGCCCAGGAGCUAUGAAACGUGUUUCCCUUAGUGACAGUGCAGAGAUUAUCAGCUCAGAGGGAGGACGUUUCUGUUAUCCUGAGUUCUCCAGUGAUGGUGAUGAUGAUGAAGAUGAUGAGAGUGGUGAUGAGGAUGAUGACGGAGAGCAUGACAGUUGGGAUGAAAGUGACGAAGAGUUAUUGGCGAUGGGGAUCCGAAUGCGAGGUCAGCCUCGUUUUGCAAAUUUCCGUGCAGCCACGCUGUCCCCGGUUCCCUUUGAUGUAGGGAAGAAAUGGAACACAGUUCCUCUACGUAAUCGCUCGCUGCAGAGAUUCUGUGCUGUGGAUUACGAUGACAGUUACGAUGAGAUUCUCAAUGGAUACCCAUCUGUGGACUCAAAUGGAGCUCCUGGUCUUCUCUCGUACGGCUCUGACCACCAAGGCAGUAGCUUUCUGUCCACCUCUGAUUCCACUGCCUCACCUGAGUCCUUGACUUCUCUACCUGAAGAUUCCUGCACUGGCAGCAGUAGGAGCCCUGGUGACCAGAGAAAUUGUCUUUCAUUGUCAUCUGACAAAGAACAUUCAGCCAGAGAACUGAGCUCACCAAAAUCCAAUGAAAGACACAAAGCUGUUCUAGCCAUCCGACUGGAAGAUCAAGAUGAUAGUCAAAGAGAGCGAGGGGCAAUCCCACAGGCCCUUCCUGGCCAGCCAAUUACCAUUAGCUUUAGCCCAACCGAGGAGCAGGCCAAGCCCUAUCGAGUGGUGAAUCUUGAGAAGGCUCCUGUCUGUAAGCCUUACACUGUGGUGGAUGUAUCUGCCUCCAUGGCCACAAAAGAUGAUCAUGCUCACUCUAGUGAAAGCAUUUCAAAGCCAAGCAUCCCCAGUGUUGCACUCAACCCCUCCACUGAUCCCGGUCAUGUCUUGGCCACCUCCCCUCAGUCCCCCAGAUCUCCUGUCUCACCUGUGGCAUCUGCAUCCCUGUCACUGUCUCCUCUUAUGCCACAGUCUCCUGCAGGUUCUCCUACUGCAAGACCCAGUGCUUCCCACUUAAAGCCUGGCUGUAUCCGUUACCAAGAGGUGUGGACGUCUUGCACCAGCCCACGACAAAAGAUUCCUAAAGUUGAUUUAACAAGCGGCAGUGCCGCUUCAAGACUCAUCAACCACAAAUCAGCUCCCACAUCUCCAGCUGCAGGCUUCAGCUCUGCACGCACAGUCCCAACAAAAUCCCCAAACUUAUCUGAGAUCAAAUUUAACAGCUACAACAAUGCUGGCAUGCCCCCGUUUCCCAUCAUUAUCCGAGAUGAGCCUGCAUACGCACGCAGCUCCAAGAAAGCAGUGAAGGUUCCCAUCGUAAUAAAUCCCAGUGCUUACGAUAACCUGGCUGUGUACAAGAGUUUCCUGGGGCUCAACGGUGAACUGCCCCAUUCCAAGCCAGAGGCAGGAGAGCGAGUGGCCAGCCACACAUAUGAGGAGAUUGGAUCCUCUGAAAGCACACAUCUCUCUACUAUUGAGCAGACACCUCAAUUGAAGCACUCACCAGACACAAAUGCUAACACAGAACUGAGGACCAUCCCAGAAUCAGGACAGACAGUGAACGAUGGUAAAGCCAGGACCACAACAGGUCUCUUCGCCCUUCCUGCUGGUAACCUGAGCCCCAGCACUACCUCUGCUGUUUUGACUCACAGCAGUCUGGAUCGCAGUUGUAAUCCCAGUGGUGAGCAGCCACCAGAGGACAGCAGAGAGGGCCAGGUCACAUCCAGCGGAAGUUUAGGUCAGAGAGAGAAAGCAAGUGCGGUUCUGUCUCAGAUUGUGGCCUCAAUACAACCACCGCCAUCUCCUCCAGACACCCCUGCUGGCCAAAGUAAGACCUGCUGCGUGGAGGAGCUUUACUCUAUGCCACCAGAUGCCUCCAGAGACGCUCUUAGCAGACCCAAAUCACUUCACUGCUCUGCAGAACCUCACAAAGACAUGCCACCCAAACUCUUGCCCAAAUCCCAGAGUGCCUCUGCUGCUGUACACCCCACCAGCCCCAGAUAUGAACCAAGUGCCCCGUUCCCCCCGGUCCGGUCCAGCUCCUCUCCUUACCACUCAAGCAACCUGCUCCAGAGACACUUUAGCAACUGGACCAGACCAGCUGGGGCCAAGUCUUGUGAUGGCGAGACCAGCCCAGGUGCAGAGGGCAAACGUUCAGCUGAUGCCAACAAGCCCAAGCGCUGGAUUUCCUUCAAGAGCUUCUUCCGCCGGCGGAAGGAUGAUGAAGAACAGAAGGAGAAAAUGGAGCGAGAGAAAGAAAAAGGGAAACUGCUGGGAUUGGAUGGGACGGUCAUCACCGUACUGCCCCCUCCGCCUGUACAGAGACAGCACUGGUUUGCUGAGUCCAAGACAGAUGAUCCUCACCAGAAACCUACGAUCAUAUUUACCUAUAAAUCAGAAAGUACCAUGGGUGGAGAAGAGGCUGAGCUUCGGGUUGAGGAGCACAAAGAGAGCUCAAGUGUUACAGGGGAAGGCAGAGCUUCCGACCUAUCAACUCCACCAAAGAGCAGAGCCAGUCUCCUUAUAAGCAAAGUCAUGAAUCAGCUUCCUGUUCAGGAUACUGAGAUAUCCUCAGCCACCUCGCUGCCUGCUAAGCUGGAGCUGUCGCCCCUUCGUGAGCAGUCUGCCUGCUGUCCGCCCCCAGCGUCGCCCACUUCACACAGCAGCAGACAAGCAGAACGAGAGGAAGAGGAAACCGCUCAUACCGUCUCACACUCUUCUGCAUCAAGCAGCUGCAGGGCUACAUACACAAACCUUGGUCAGUCCAGGGCCAACAUGAUCCCUGUGAAACAUCCCAGACAUCCUAAAACAUCUGAUGACACUUUAACCGCUGACCCAGAGGUCAUCGAACCCAUCUCUAAAGCCACCCCUCCACCCCUGCCCAAAAAGUCAGUCCCACGUGUUCAAACAGAAUCGGCCACUCUAGGUAUAGAACUCUCAGCCCCACGACCCAAAGGAGAGGCCAAACCAGGCGGGACCAGUCUGAGCGUCGCCAAUCCACUCUACGAUCUUGAGUCCACAUGGGAUUCAGCCAGUCAGAGUUCCUCACUUAGCUCAGAGGCACAACAUCUCGAUGAAUCUGGAGACUCCCUGGAGCGUCCCUCAGGUGGGCGGAGCCUGUCCUGCCUGACCAAUAGCAGCUUCAUGCAGGCUUGUGAUCGCCGUGGCUACCAGAGUACAGACAGUCUAACGGCCAGGACACGAGGGGCUGGGAGGCCCGCUAAAGCACAGAAACAUGUGGUUUAUAAAGGGAUAGAGAGCUGGGAGGAAGUGGUCGGGAGAAUUCGAGGACUGCACACGGAUACGUUGCGCAAACUGGCGACAAGAUGUGAAGAUCGAUUCAUGGCUGGACAAAAAGAUCACUUGCGCUUUGGGACAGACAGCUGGUCUCACUUUCGGCUGACUGCAGGGAAACCUUGUUGUGAGGCAGGAGAUGCUGUUUACUACACAGCGUCUUUUGCCAAAGAACCUCUGAUGAACUAUGCUGUCAAGAUCUGUAGAGGUGUUGUGAAGGAGACACAGCAGCAGUUUUUUCACAGUCUGGCAGUUCGGCAGAGUAUUGCCGUCCAUUUCAACAUCCAGCAGGACUGUGGCCACUUCCUGGCAGACGUUCCAGCCCGCCUGCUGCCCUGGGAGAGUGAAGAGGACAGAGAUGAGGAGAGAGGCAGUACAGAGGGAGUAGAGGUGGAAAAAGCAAAUGAGGAACAUGCCGAUGCUGCAGGCGGCAAACUGUGCAGCCGGGUUGUGGUGAUCACUCGUGAGGUGCCAUUUCAGACAGUGGCCGAUUUCGUACGUGAGGGCGUAGAGCGUCACUCACGAAACUCUGAGCUGUAUGAACGUCAAGUGUGUCUGCUGUUGCUGCAGUUGUGUGCAGGACUCGAACACAUGAAACCGUACCACGUCACGCACUGCGACCUGCGACUUGAGAACCUCCUGCUGGCGCACUCCCAGCCCGGCAACCUGUGGAACCACGAGUUGCUGGAAUCCAACAACAACGCUGCAUAUGGACCGUCCUCUGCUGCGGCCUCCACUUGCCCAGCCCGCCUCAUCAUCAGCAACUUCUCUCAGGCCAAACUGAAGAAUGCGGCGCUGGAACCCGCUUGGCUUCGAGAACAGUCCCGUCUUGCUCCCGAGCUUAUUACUGCCACUCAGUACCGCAAGUGCGAUGAAUUCCAGACCGGCAUACUGAUCUAUGAAAUGCUGCAUCGGCCGAACCCAUUCGAGGAAUGUCCGCAACUCAAAGAGAGAGAAUACUGCAGCUCCGAUUUACCCCAGUUGCCAUUACGUUCCCUCUACUCAAAUGGCCUUCAGCAGCUUGCAACAUUGCUACUUAACCCCAAUCCUUCCGAGCGCAUCCAGAUGGCGGAUGCCCGGGCAUGUCUGCAGUGUCUACUGUGGGGUCCACGAGAGGAUCUGUUUAAUUCGUUGAACCCUGGUGCCGGGCCCGUCCAACGCCACGUCGUCCUGCAGAACUGGUUAGACCUGAAGCGAACGCUGAUGAUGAUUAAAUUUGCAGAGCGUUCUUUGGACUCGGGUUGUGGUGUGAGUCUCGAGGACUGGUUGUGCUGUCAGUAUCUGGCCUUCGCCACCACAGAGUCUCUCAGCAGAGUGAUCAAAAUCCUGCAGCAGCCACAGGGCGUGCUUAUCUGAUCGCAGCCAGUCACACAGCAGAACAACAUCACAAAUGUGCCCGCCCAGUUUUUUUAGCCGAUUUGGUUCCAGAAUAAUUUUUCCCAUUCAUUUUUUUCCAUAGGGUUUUCAAGAAUUAUAAGCCGUAAAACAAACCAUCCAUCUCCAAGGUGAAUUACAACAUUCCAAAAUUUGAUUUAAGCAAAAAAGUCUUUGAAAAUCAGACUUGAAGACAAAGGUACAAGACCAUGUAUUUACAUUAUCUACAAUCCCAUGAAAAAUUUCAAAUGACUUAAAUUAAAAAUGAUAGAAAAAUAUAAAAGUAUUGAUUUAAAAUUAUUGAUUCUAAGUAUAGAAACUAUACAUUUUAAGUUAAUUGCAAAACCGACUUGAUUGCGUCAUUUGCAGUGUGUCAUGGAAGUUGGCAAUCGCUGCAGUGCCCGUUUUUAGCAUUUUGAUUGCUGCAGUUCUCUGAUUGGUGGAUCUUUUCUCUUCAGGAUCUGGGUUGUGUAGUUCUUCACCAGAAAUUGUAGUGUUAAACAUUAUUUUUUUUUUUAAAUGAAGUUGAAAUAAUGCAGACUGACUUCAACAGAAGUAUAUUCCAUCAAUUAACAACCUCGAAGCUCACUGUAGGUCUGUCUUUAAAGGUUUGUAAGUUAUCAUUCAAAAAUCGAUUUGCCUAUGAAGAAAAUGAAUGGGAUUUUUACUUUAAGAAUCACACUGUUGCGCUCUGUAGUGACCAACGAACUCUGUGGCACAGGCUGGGACAUUUAAGCAUGUGUGCUGUACAGAUGUGUGAUUUUUUUUUUUUUUUUUUUUUUUUUUUUAAUCAUCAUUUGAAUUUGUUAGUGAAUAUGUUCGCAUUGGGUUUACCGUGCAGAGUCAAAAUUAGUCAGAACAGACCAGUUUACAGGAUGAAAAGUGACAAUGUGAAGUCAUAUUUAACUCCACAGAUAAUGGCACAUUUAUAGAACUGCUUUUAUGAACAAAGUGAAACUGCAUGAAAUGUGUGUAUGUGUGUGUGUUGUGGGUUUUCUGGUGGUUUGUUUAGUUUGGCUUUUCACUCUGCUGUAGAGACUUGUGAGUAUAUCAGCAGGAAACCACUGAUCCAACAUCAGCUGUAUCAAUAUUCCAGUAACUCAUUAAACUUAGAUUAUAGAAAUACAGUAACAAUACAGUACCAUAUUACAGUAUGUGUAAGAUUGUAUGUCUGUGGAGGUAAACUGGCAUUAGGUCACUGAAUGAAUGAAUGCAUUAGAGUCUUUAACAUGCCUUACUUUAUAUAUCUAUAAGUGUGUGUGUGUGAGUGAGAAAGAGAAAUAAGGACGGAAACAAAAUAUUAGCAAUCAUAUCACUCAGAUCUGUUGUUAUAUCAGGAUCUGAUAGAAUCAUACAGAUUAGUUUGAGACUACAGAUUGGAUUAAGAUAUUUUUCUACCAUAACAAGAGCACAGUAAUGCUUACCAAAGACUAAACACUCUGAACCACACAGAACAGAAGAUAUUUUUACAUUUUACGUAGUCAAAGAGAAUAUAUUAAUAAUCUCCGUCAUAAAGAAAGUGGCCUUAUGCAGUUAUAACAAAUGCAGUUUGCUUCUUUCUAGUACUUUGGUUCUCCAAAGUAGAUGAGCAUUUUGAAUCAGAGAGAUUGGCUUUAGUGUCAUAAUCUGGGGCACCAAACUCACUCAAAUCAAACUAGAGUCACUCCAGAUUCUGAUCGUAGUGUCCACACCUGCAGAAAUGGCUCUCAAAAAUGAUCAGGACAUAGCAAACCCUGACCUUGUGACCUUACAGGAAUGUUAUUACCUGGACGUUUCUGAAUCCUUUCAUUUAUGUGCAAUCAUUAAUUAGUGUUAAUUAUGUUACAGUAUUUUAAGAUAUAUUUAACGCACUUGAUAUUCUCAGCAUGCCUUUGUACUUUUAUCUUCCUGUUUCAGUUUGGCACAUAAUUAAUGAGAGCGAGAGCUUAUAGAUCAAACCCCAGGAGGUGUGUGUGUGUAUGUAAGGCUAUUUGAUUGUGUGAGAAGCAGUAGUCUGAACCUGGAACAGCACAUUCUUUAGUUAUUUUUGGUGUUGUAGUGCAUUUUAGGGCUUGUAGACCAGGCAAUGGUAGCAGAUGUGUGUUUGGUAUACAGACAGACUACUCAAACCCCCCUUACACACUCACACACACGCUAGCUGCAUCCCUAUUCCAAUACUUCUGUUAUGCCCUAAAAGUUGGCUAUUUUGCUACUGUUGAUUAAGUAUGUACAUUUGAGGAUGUAGUAAGACAUUACACCAGUUAUGGGCAUACUAAAAUUACAUAAAAUUGCUUGCGCCCUUUGUCAUUUACUGUUAGCAUUUCCAUGCGUUGACAUCUAGCUCAAUUUAUUUUCAUAAACUUUUUGGUUCAUGCUUUUAAAAAAUUGCUUUGGCAGCUGCGGUCUGUCAUUUCUCAAAAUUUUUCAGUAACUUGAACGAGUUAAAAAUUCACCACAAAUUGUAAGUUAUCCGGGCUUGUUUUUUAGUGUAAUCAUUUUGGUUAGUUUUAAUUUUGCAUAUUAUAGACCUUAUUAACAGCAGCACCAUCUUUGAUUAUUGACCGGAAUGACAACGAGGUUUUGAGGUAUGGACUUAUGUCUCUUUAAUGGGCUGUACUGCAUUUUAAAGUGUUUUUGGAUUGUUCCGCAUUUCUAUGUUUUCAAGAACAUUCAGUAGAUAUAAAAACUCCAAUUCAACAUGAGUUGUGGAAAAUCAGAAGUGAUCUAGGAGCAUUUCAUACCAUGUGUGCCAUUGAAGAGAUGGUAAGUCCUUCCCUCACAGCCUUGUUGUUAUUAAAAAUCAAAGAUGGCGCUCCUGUGAAUAAGGUCUAUAAUACAGUUUGGGUAGUAUGUGAAUGCAGCCACUCUUAAGGACAAACUAUUCUCUACAAAAGUAUGUGAACGCAGACACUUCUAGCUACGUAAGCUCGAUUUCUCGCUUAGUGAGUACCAAAAUGAGUCAGACAGCCAUUCAUAACACAACGCAAGUACGUGCUGCAUUCUCAACUUUGCCGCAAGGGUUGCUAAGGUGGACAUUAGCGUAAACUGUCUGCUUCUACGGUGAGUUUUCUCUUUUAAGCCAACUCCUGUAAUGGGGGAGCAACAAUUUGAAGAGAAUAUUGCUAGGCUGAAGUCAAGUUAAAGUCAACAUAUAGCAACUUACCUGAAUAAUAACACACCCAGUAUAAUGGCACAGACUUUUGAAGGUAACUCUAUCGCCCCCUUGAGUAUUAAGGUUUGUAACCCCACAGUAAUGCAAAAACCCUCCUUCACUUGUCGCGCAUUGGCACUGCGUUGAGCAGGUGCUCGCAUCUGCGUUUGCUUAAUUGCAUUAUGUUUCUGACCUUACUGUUCUGUUUCCUUAAAUUACAUUUUACAUAUUAAAGUAUGAUGAUUUGCAUAUUUUCUGAAGAGAAAGGGAUUUCAUGAUUGAUGGUUCUUGUAAGGUCAUUGGUUAUAGUCUCUCUCAGUGAUGAACUAGGGCGGGACCAUUAGUUUACACCCAAAUCUUCCAUUUCCAAAGCAGCAGUUACAGUUCCAUCAAUUCCGUUAAAAAGAAGCAGGAAUAUUGUGUGAGAGAGUGAUUCCGUUGUGUGUUGUGCUGAAUUCUUGCAGGUCUCACCGUAGGCUUGUUUUUAGUAGUCAGAGAGCAAUAUGUUGUAUUUGAAUUAUAUUUGUAUAUAAUUAUUUCAGUGUAGUUUAUUGAAAACUAUUAAUAUCAUUAGAGAAUUACAGGAGUUUUAACAUGAGAGAAUGAAAGUGUCAGCAGAUGUCUGUAACCUGGAGAAAGUGUGUGCGUUUGUGAGAGAGUGCGUGUUUAUCAGUUUAUCUGGUUUUAUUCAUUCACAUCAUUUCACAGAAAUCAUGUAUUUACUGUUAUUUACAAAUGUUUAUUGCCAGUGAUUUCACAACUGCUUUUUAUCUAUUUAGCUCUCCAUUACUGAGUUAACUACUCAUAAUAAAACUAUGAAUAUGUUUUUAAA